AUGUCGGAUAUUCUAAAUCUUGAUGGGAGUGGGGCGGCUAACACUGCCGGAGAAAAAAAGGAAACAAACAUGACCUGCCCUGCUUGUUUUGCUGAGCUCUUAGCUGGUCUAGAGCUCGCUGCAACUCCUCAAUUUGAGGCAGCGGAGCUAUCUAGGAUUGCUUUCUCCUAUGCGAGUCCAACCCUCACGGUUGCGGUUGAGAAAAGUCCGGAGGUUGUAGACGAAAAUGGAGAGAAACAAUGGAAGAGAGUGGAAGUUACACUGGAAGACCAUGUAAACGUGCCCAUAUUCCCCUCUGGACUUUCACCGGAAUCUUAUGACAACUAUCUUGAUGAAUAUAUUUCCAAAAUAGGAAUGGAAGAGUUCGCAAAAUCUCGACCUUUAUGGGAAAUUCAUAUAUUCAAAUACCCUACUACCAGUGCACCCGGUGUUUUGAUAUUCAAACUUCACCAUUCGCUUGGUGAUGGCUUGUCUUUACGGGGAGCUCUUCUUUCAUGUUUACAAAGAGCUGAUGAUCCUUCUCUUCCUUUGACAUUUCCUUCUGUUCAGUUGCCUUCCCACAAUAGGAACGGUGGCAACAAUAACAGCAUAUUGAAGAUUUUGCCUAAAAUAUUCUCUGUGGUUUCAAAGACAGUAUCGGAUUUCUCUUGGAGCGUGACAAAGAGUACUGUAGUUGAAGAUGAUAAAACUCCAAUACGAUCCGGGGAUGAUGGAGUUGAGUUUCGGCCAAUCAACAUGGCGACAAUGAGUUUCUCUCUUGAUCACAUCAAGAAAAUUAAGGCCAACGUUGGAGCGACUCUUAAUGACGUGAUUACGGGAACAAUCUUCUUGGGGACUCGGUUAUACAUGCAAGAAAUGAGUAAGGAGUCGAGCAAGGCACAAUCUACAGCACUUGUGUUGCUCAAUACCAGGGUUUUACGAAGCUACAAACCAGUAAAAGAUAUGGUUGAACCUAAUGCCAAGACCCCUUGGGGGAAUCAUUUUGCCUUCUUGCAUGUAUCCAUACCUCCGUUAACUGAUGCUUCAUCUUCAAAUCCACUGGAAUUUGUCUUUAGAGCACAACAGAUUAUUAAUGACAAGAAAAGCUCUUUAGCUGUUUACCUCACUGGUCAGCUUCUGGAGAUUUUGAAGAAAUUUAGAGGCCCAGAGGCAGUAGCUAAAUAUAUUCAUGGCACCUUAAAGAACUCGAGUAUGGGAAUCACAAACCUCAUCGGGCCAAAGGAAAAAAUGUCUUUGGCUAAUCAUCCUGUUAAAGGUCUUUACUUCACGGUGGUUGGUGCACCUCAGAGUAUUUGCAUAGCAAUAGUGAGUUAUAUGGGAGUGCUAAGGGUUGCUGUUGGAGCAGAAAAAGGCUUCAUUGAUGCCAAGAGGUUGAAGUCUUGCAUAGAGAAAGCAUUUCAGAUGAUGCUCGAAGUUGUAUGUCAAAAAAUUGAUCAACAGUCAACAGAAUGAGGUAACGUCCUAGUUAAAAGUGCUUUUAAAUAAGCUUAUACGCAAUUAUUUAAUCUAAGCUAAUUAUACGAUGAUUCAUGGAAUAAGUAUCAAUACU